AUGUAUAGGGGUAAAUUAACCUCCACCUAUACAAAUUCUAUAAGCAUAGCAUUGUGGAAGGAAGUGUCCUGCAACUUGAAUGCUGUUCCUGGAGGAGCCAAUAAGGACUGGAAACAGUGGAGAAAGGCAUGGACAGAUAUUAAAAAAAAUGUUAAAAGCAGGAUAAGCAAAGAAAAGCAAUACAGCCAAGGAACAGGAGGUGGUCCUCCAUUGCCCCCUCCGGAAGAAAUUGAAAAAACAACUGAAGAAAAAAUAUAUGAGAUAAUAACUCCAGUUGCAAUCCAGGGAAAUCAAGAUGUGCUCGAGUCAGAGAUUAUAUUUGAAGAGAGUUCUGAACUGGCAGAAACAGAACAGACUUUUGAAAGCAAUGAAAUUGAUUUUAUGGACAUUCAGGAAAUAGAUGCUACGCAGGAUGAAUUAACAGAGAAUAUAGAAAAUCCAAUACUUUAUCACGACUAUACUAAACUUCCACCCGAAAUAAGUAGACCAGAUAAAAUUGUUAGAGCUAAAAAGGAGGAGAUCCAAGGGAAGGUUGUGAAAAGGUAUACAAAAUCAGCAAGAUUGACAGAUUCCCUCAGGAACAACAAGAAGUUCCUCGACAUAAGUCAGAAAGGCAUUGUCUCUACAAAUAGCUUUCGGGAACGAAAAUUAAAAUUACUCGAAAAACACUAUGAAACGAAGAGCAAUUAUUAUCAAAAAAAAAAUCGAGGCUUUUGAGAAGAGGGAAAAAUUUCAUCAAAAGCAAAUCACUGUUUUAACUGAAAUUUCAAAUGCAGUUAACAAGAUUUCAGCUGCAACCUUUUCAUCAAAGGAAUAAUUAAAA